AUGAAAAAAGUUAUAGAAAAUAAAACAGGUUAAACAGUAAAUUAAUUAAUAGAUGAUUUAAAACAUGAAGAUAUAAGAAAAAGACAAAACGCUGUAACUAAUUUACCUGUUAUAGCUAGUUCUUUAGGUCCAGAAAGAACAAGAUUAGAAUUAAUCCCAUUUUUAAAUGAAUUAAUGGACGACGAAGAAGAAGUAUUAACAGUACUUGUAGAAGUACUUUCAAACUUUUUAGAUUUUGUUGGAGGAGCUUAGCAUGCUUCUAUUUUGUUUGCACCAAUGGAAGCCUUAUGUAAAUCGGAUGAAUAAUCAGUCAGGGAAAAAGCCUCAUCUUCUAUAAAAAAAUUAAUUUAAUUAAUUGAUAUUAAAAAAAAUGAAGAUAUGUUAAUGAAUUUAAUUAAAAGACUUAAAGAUUCUGAUUAAUAUUUUGCAAAAGCACCUGCAUGUGAUAUUAUUCCUUCUUUUUAUGCUUCAAUAUCAUCAUAAUCAUAAUAAGAACUAAAUAACAUUUACUUAAUUUUAUCAAAAGAUGAAAUUUCCAUAAUAAGAAAAUAAUCAUCCAUUAAUUUACCAGUAAAACAAAAAAAUUAUUUAUGUAUAAAAAUACUAAGUUAUUAAUAGGAUUUAAUAAAAGUAUCUUGUCCUAAAAAUGAAGAUUUUGUAUUACAAAUUAUUAAUAAUUUAAUUAAAGAUGAGUAAGAUUUAAUUCGUAUUUAUUUAGUUGAUGCAUGUGUUUAAUAUUUGAAAGUUGAACCUAAAUUAGUAAAAUAUAAAAAAAAUUAUUAUAUUUAUUAAAUGCUUAAAUCUUUAUCUGAAGAUAGAUCUUGGAGAAUAAGAUAUUACUUUUGUGAUAAAUUAGCAGAAAUUACUAAAGUAUUAGGAAAAGUUGAAUUUAAGAAAUAAUUUUUUUAGAAUUAUAUAAGUUAUUUAGAAGAUUAGGAACCAGAAUUAAGAGCAGUAGCAGCAUUAAAGUUAGAUAUAGUAGGAGGAAAUAUAGAAGUAGAUGAUAUAGUAUCUAAAUUAAUUCCUUUAGUAAAAAAGUUAUCAACUGAUGGAUUAAAUUAUGUUAGAAAUGAAGAUAGUGAUGUUAGAAUUAGCUUAUUUAAAUAAUUAAAUUAAAUUACUAAUGUUCUAGGUAUUGACAUGCUUUCUUAAUCUAUUAUUCCAGCUUUAACAGAUUUAGCUUAAGAUAAAAAUUGGAGAAUCAGAUAAUCUUCAAUUGAAAUAAUAUCUUUUUUUGCAAAAGAGAUCGGAUAAGAAUUUUUAAAUGAUAAAAUACUGAAAAUUUUAAUGGAUUGGUUAUAAGAUAAAGUAUAUGCUGUUAGAGAAUCUGCAGUUAUAUCAGUAAAAAAUAUACUUUAAAAUUUAGGUUCUUCUUGGACUGAAAAAAAUGUUAUGACAAAAAUUUUAAAUUUAUCAAAUUAACCAAAUUAUUUACAUAGAGAAACUGUUAUAUUCACAAUUAUGUAAGUUUUCAAAUAACUUAACCAAGAUUAUAUUAACAAAACUAUUUUACCAAUACUAACAUAAUUGAGUAAAGAUCCUGUUCCUAAUAUAAGAUUUAACGUUGCUAAAUCAUUAAAAAAUUUAGGAUCUUCAAUAAGAGAUAAAGAUUAUGUCAAAAAAAUAUUAACUGCAUUAAAUGAAGAUAGUGAUGGUGAUGUAAAAUAUUUUGCUAAAAUAUCUUUAGAUUCAUUAUGA